GGGGCCCCGCGCGAGCCGGCCCGGUGGCGCACAGACGUGAGGAUGCGUGCCCGCUGCGGGGACGGCCUGGCCCUGGGCUGUCUGCUCCUCGCCAGCUGGCUCCUGGGCGCCCGAGGUCAAGUCACCGCGCCCGUGAAGGCCCUCACCGGCGGCCAGGCUGGCCUGUCCAUCUCCAACCUGACCACGCAGUACCAGGACCUCACCUGGCUCUACUCGAACAAAAAGAAGCUUGUGAUCCGGGACGACAGGGGCAUCAAGUACUACAAGUAUGGGUUGGGUGAGCGGGUCUGUCUGGACGGGGACAACACGCUGCACAUCAGGAACCUGCAGAGGAACGACAGUGGCGAGUACGUCCUGCAGCUGCUGAAGAUGGACGGCACAACCGAGGAGAGGCGGCUGAGGCUGCAAGUGCUGGACCCUGUGUCCACACCCACCAUCACGAUCCAGGACCUGCGGCCCCGGGACUCUGACUGCUUCCUGAAUCUGUCCUGCCUCAUCCUCGCACAACACUCCCAGGUCACCAUUGCUUGGUCCGGGCCCAAAGGGCCCCUGAAGCAGGGUCCCAGCCUCGAGGUGACGGUUCCCAUCCAGGAGAUGCCCGUCUCCUACACGUGCCAGGCCAGCGACACCCUGAGCAGCAGCCACAGCACCGUGACCUUUGCCCGCUGUCUCACAGGCAAGUCCCCGGAAGAGCUGGCCCUGGUCUCCUGGCUGCUGGUCCUGGUGCCCCUGGUUCUCCAGGCCCUGCUGACCUGACCUGGCCCUGCCCGCACCGGGGUUCCAGCCAGAGGUGGCGGCUCCAAAAGCAGCUCCUGCCACGCGGCCGACCCGGGUCCUUCUCCAGCACCACGCGGGGCCCCGCAGCGACUGUCAAGGACCCAAGCAACACCGGGUGUGGCCCCUCAACCCCCCAAUACAGUGGCUCACUCUUG